AUGACUCCCAAUCCGUUCAGCGCCGUAACGGCGUGUCUGAAUAACUGCUUCCCCCGGAAAGAGCCCCAGCCUGCAUAUCCAGAAUUCAAAAGCAUACGCUAUAAUACCCAGAUCAGAGCGAACCUCGGGCUAGGUGAGAGACCGCUGCACCUCCCAGCGCGCGUCGAGGCUGGUUCAGCAUCGUCGGACCAGCCGACGAUACAGCGCACGAGCGCAUCGCCGGCUGGUGCCUCCAACAACAACAGCCCGAGGCCGACCACGACGACAACGGCCGUGUUGUCCGGGACGCGGUCGCCGCCGCGCAUCAAGUCACAGCGUCGUUUCCCCACCACCGCCAGCGGCGGCGACACGGGCAGCCAGCAGCCAGGCUGGGGUAAGUCGAUGAUGACGGCCGCCGAGAUGGCCGAGCUCUUCGACGUGCUGCACCGCACCUUCGACCACGUGCCGUACGCGAUCUGCGGGCUCGGCGCGCUGAUCGAUCACGGUUUCACGGGUCGUCGCGCGAACAAGAUCUCCAUCCUGUGCCCGGCGCACUCGAAGGACAACGUGAAAGCCUGGGCGCAGGCGCGCGGGUACGCCACUUGGGCCGACUCGGUCGGGCUGCCGAUGCGAGAUGGGACGGUCCGGAGGGUGAGGAUUAAGUAUCUUGUCGAUGAUGGUUUUGAUCGCCUCGAGCGCGUGCGCUCGUCCGUGUCGAACGCGACUGUGCUGAGCAUGGCGAGCCAGCUUGAUAAUGUGGCGGCGGGCUGGCUCGACAAUCGUCGGAGGGGGGACGAGCGCGCGCUCGCUACGAUUGCUAAGGACGUCUUUUGGUGUCUGGACCACAUCGUCCUUACACGCACGCAGUCACAACUAGACCCCAAAUGCCUGCCCACGUUCCUCGGGGAGGCGUUCUGGUCCGGGUUCACGGCCAAGCACCCCGAGGCAAGGCCCGAGAUGGCACGGGCGGGCAUUGAUGUAAGUGGGGUGAUGAAGGCGCAGAGGGAGAGGGAGAGUUUGAGGGAGCAUGAUGCGAUGUUGAAGAUGUAUGGGCUGCAGGGCGAUGUUGUGACUGAGCAGCCUGGGCUGUUCGAGGGGAUGCGGGACUUGGCUCAUAGUAAGAGUGUUUACACCCUGCGCGACGAGUCGGUGGCUGGGUUGGAGACGGGGCCGGGAAAGGUAGGUGAGGCGAAGAAGGAGAAGCCGCUGCCGCGGCUGCCGGGCGAGGGUGUGGGACGGAGCUUGACGACGCAGCGCGGGUCGAAGCCUGUCAAGCUUACGGGGGAGUGGAUCUAG